AUGUAUCCCAAUCUUGGAUCAGGAAACACACAACCAUCAGCCCCACCAAUUUCUUCUUCAACAUCUGCAUCACUACCUAAUCCUACUACAAAUACAAGACUAGUAGAAUAUUCUAGUAUGGUAUCUCAACCAUCUUCUCAAAAUACACCUUAUGCGGGAAGACAAUUAUCUCAAAUGUCACAAUAUCCAAGUGCUCCUCCAGCAUCAUCAUCAUCUUAUACAAGUCCUUAUCCAGUAAAUGCCCAGUCAACAAAUACAAGUAAUUAUUCAUCAAACAUGGGGCAACAACCAUUAACAUUUCAAGGAGGUAAUAGUUUUCAAAGUCCAUAUCCACAAACAUAUCCUGGUAAUCAACAACAACCGCCACCACCACCAACACCACUAACAAAUACUGCAAGUUAUCAAAAUCCAUACCCACAAUCAAAUCCAUAUCAGCCAUCAACUCCAUAUCAACAAUCUAAUCCUUUCCAAUCGUUAAAUCCUUAUCAACCGCCAAAUUCUUACCAACCGCCAAAUCCUUAUCAACAAUCAAAUUCAUAUCAACCUCAACAAGGUGGUUAUCCACAACAACCAUCAUUUCAAAAUUCUUAUGCACCAUCAUAUCCUCAACAAUAUCAAGGUGGAUAUCCUCAAAAUGAUCCACAAGGACCAUAUCAACAAUUUGCUGGUGGUUACAAUACAAAUAUUCAUAAUGAUCGUCUUCGAACAAUAGCUAGAAACUAUGAAAUAAAUGAUGCAUUAGUACAACGUUUAAAUAUACUUCAACAAUUUGAAAUUGUUAUACUUUG